GCACAUGGCUACUCAUAUCCCUCCGCUGGAUGCUCUGCCCGCUGGUUAGAGCUGUUUUACGGAUGUUCUUGAUUUACGAAACAUGUCACGACUAAAAGUACGCUUGCCGCAAUUUGUGAUAUGCUAAACAAGUUUAAACGUGACCAAGCAUCUUGCGUGCCUCUUAAGUGAGGAGGAGGAGCUGAGAGCUAAGCUAACUAUAGAUGUGGACUCGCUGACGUCGUCUUCAAGAAGCCGCGCGACUUUCCUCCUCUUUUUUUCCUCCUGUUGGACUCACCGUCUCUCUCCCCCGGCCACCCUCUAAACCCCGCCCACCGUUUGACAUCCCCUCCCAUCUGCCCCGGCAGCGGCUUCACUCUCGUCCACUCUCGCAGUCGCGUGGAGCCCGUCAGCAUGGUCGCGCAGGACGCCGACUCGGGCGGCGGCGUACGUCUGAAGCAGGAAAUUUCCUUGCUGCACGGCGUCUGCCUCAUCGUGGGCAACAUGAUCGGCUCCGGCAUCUUUGUGUCGCCCAAGGGGGUGCUCUUGUACACCGGCUCCUACGGCUUGUCGCUAGUGAUCUGGGCGGUGGGAGGGGUCUUCUCAGUCUUCGGUGCCUUGUGUUACGCCGAGCUGGGCACCACCAUCCGCAAAUCCGGGGCAUCCUAUGCCUAUAUUCUGGAGGCCUUCGGGAGCUUCUUGGCGUUCAUCCGGCUGUGGACAUCGCUGUUGAUCGUGGAGCCAGCAUGCCAGGCGGUCAUCGCCUUGACCUUCUCCAGCUACUUGGUCCAGCCCUUUUUCACCACAUGCCCCGCCCCCUAUUAUGCCAUCCGCCUCAUUGCUGCUGCUAUUAUAUGCCUGCUGACGUGCGUAAACUGCAUGAAAGUGAAGUGGGGCGCCAUUCUUCAGGUCAUCUCCACUGUGGCCAAAGUGUUGGCGCUCAUCGUCAUUAUCAUCACCGGCCUUGUCAAGCUGGGGCAAGGUUUCAACCAGAACUUCGAGGACUCUUUUCGAGGCUCCAAGAUGAACGCGGGCGACAUGGCCCUGGCGCUUUACUCCGCUCUCUAUUCUUACUCCGGCUGGGACACGCUCAACUUCAUCACUGAGGAGAUCAAGAACCCAGAGAGGAACCUCCCCCUGAGCAUUGCCAUUUCCAUGCCUAUCGUCACCAUCAUAUACAUCUUGACAAACGUGGCUUACUAUGUGGUGAUGGACGCCGACCAGGUGCUCGGUAGCGAAGCCGUCGCUGUGACGUUCGCCGACGAGGUCCUGGGCUGGGCCCGCUGGCUGAUCCCGCUUUCGGUGGCUAUUUCCUGCUACGGCGGACUCAACUCCUCCAUCAUCGCCGCUUCCAGGUUGUUUUUCGUGGGCUCGCGAGAAGGCCACCUCCCUAACGUGCUUUCCAUGAUCCACGUCAAGCGUUUUACACCCAUUCCAGCCCUGCUUUUUAAUGGCGCCAUGUCGCUUAUCUACCUGUCAGUGCCUGACGUCUUCCAACUGAUCAACUACUUCAGCUUCAACUACUGGCUCUUCAUCGGCCUGUCCAUCGUCAGCCUCGUCUACCUACGCUUCAAGGCCCCUGACUUGCACCGGCCUGUCAAGCUGUCCUUGUUCUUCCCCAUUGUGUACAGCCUGUGCAGCCUCUUCCUGGUGGUCAUGCCCCUCUACAGCGACACCAUCAACUCGCUGGUGGGCAUAGGCGUGGCGCUCUCCGGCGUGCCUGUAUACUUCCUGUGCCUUCACCUGCCUCGUAGCUCCAGGCCCGCCUUCCUUGGAAAAAUCCUACACGUGGUGUCGUGUUACACCCAGAAAUUGUGCUACUGCUGCGUAGCGUCGCCCGACAUCGACUUGGACAACGUCGACCCCAAUAAGCUGGAGUGAAAGGAAGACAAUCCUGUUUUUUUUUUUCUCUUAGAAGAAAAAGCGGUACUGGUACACUCACACUUAGGAAAUAUCUUGCACAAAAUCUUAACUCAUUGGCUGCCAUUAACGAUGACAAACGUCCAAUCCAUUUGAAGGGCCGCACUUCAAAUGUAUUGGACGUGUGCUUGUGAUAAACUCCUUUAAAAGAGUUUUCAUAUGGGUUCUAAGAGCCACGUGAUUGGACGUCUAUCGUCGUCAAUGGCAAUGAAAGAGGUAAAGGCUUUACGGACAUUUUUUUCCCCCUUUUCUCACAAGAGGGCUGCUUUACACUCCCAAGUGUGGUUGCGGUGUCACCCGGUGGAAGGUGAAAGCAUCACGUCAGGUUUUUUUCCUCCACUUGAACACUUGAAUGAAAUAAGUCUUAAUUUAAAAAUGUCUACUGUUCAAAUUGUUUCUCGUAGAGUUCAUCAUGCUGGUUACUUUUGUCACAUGAGGGUCCAAAAAAAGGUGCGGAGGAGAAAGUUGUCAAAUCAAAUUAGGAGGGGAGGUUUUGAUUUUUGUUAUAGGAAAAAACAACUGAUAAAUUGUAGUUUUUCUUUUAUCUAAAAAUUAGGAUGUUGAAUGUAAUGUACUUCCCUUUUUUAAAUGUUUUUUUUUUUUACAUUACAGGUUGCGCUUGCAAAUUUAUUCUUUUUUUCUGGUAUUGAUAUGACUUGUAAAGUUGCAACUUUAUUCUUUUUUUUUGGGGGGGGGGUAUUUUAUUAUUUUAUAAUUAGGUUUUCUUCCAAAAUAUGAUAUUACUUUUUGAGAAUUCCAUGUAAUAUUACAAUUUAAGGCAUUUAACAAAUAAAGUAUACUUCAAAUGCAUUGGGGGAAAUUCAUACAGUAAGUACAUGAAGAUGUUAAUAAUCAAAAAUAUAUAGAAUUAUUGUAUAAAUAGAAUAAUACAACAAAAUGUUGUAAAAUAAAUAAAAAUAAGGAAAUUUAAUUAAAUAUACUGUAGAUGAAAAGGAAUGAAAUAAAUUACUCUAUCUUUAAAAUUCCUAAAUAUAUAUGUAUUUUUAUAUGGAUUUUCUAUACUUUUAUUUUUUGAUUCUACAAUUUUCUUAUUUUUAGCUGUAUUUUUUCCUAUUUAAUAUUCUAUAUUGUUUUUUUUAAAUUAACUUUUUAUGUACUUAAGUAUUUCUCCAAUCCAAUGCCUAAUGUAUAUUUGUUAAAUGUAAAUUACAAGUGUCAAGGGUUUAUGAGUACCUCAUUUGUUUUCCUCAUCUUGAUAACAUAUUUUUUUGUAAUAUUUAACGUUUUGGAGCCCAGCCCUCCCUCACUGUCCUCCGCACCACAACCAACCUCAGGAUCAUGCUGUCGUUCACGUUUGCUAUCAUUUCACGGUGCCUUAAGAGCUAUCCUCUUGCUUGGACCUCUUUAUCCCACGCCUCACUUCCAUUCACAUUGCACAUGUUUGCCUUCAGCGAGGCGCUAGAACUCAUUUGAGCGUAAUCGAGGUGUGCCUUGUGUCAAUUUCCUGCCAAUUUUAAAUGUUAAUCACAGCACAUUUUUGUAUUGUGACACAAAUUUUCCCAAAUCAAAAGCAGUGUUUCUAAAAGUUUUAUCUUAUUUUCGCGUGGAAAUCUACCGAUAACUUGCUGGAAAUUUUCCAAGAUUUAGAUUUUGUGCGUGUAUUUGUUGUUGAAUGUUGCACAAAAAGAAAUAUAAAGAUGGAGCUUUAGCAGGAACACCCAUCAUAGGUAAGAAUUGAAUAGAAAUAUAUUCAGUAUAUCUAGAUGUUAUCUUCCGAGAGCUGAAUUUUCAAUCAAGUCUUGAUGUUACAGUUUAAUGUUGUAUUUUUGUGUCAAUGCCAAACGCGUGGAUGUGCCAAAAACGUCUUGUUUUUAUUUAUUAAGAACAAACCAAUUGCGUGUGUUGUUUUUUUAUAGAAAUGUGAAUAAAGUGGAUUUUUUUUUUCAGUUGAG